AUGUCUCCGUUGAGUCGACGCCUGCAGGUGACGAUGCGCUUACGCGAGUCUGAUCAUUCCGCAGUGUCACCUAAGAGUCACACGUACCUGGAAAGGCUCUCUAAAAGGGUCAGCGAAAGCUUCUCUCGCUGCUUCGAGGUGGGAAAUGCCAUUUGUCUGGGAAAUCAGGUGAUCACCACCAGGGCACCGGAACGCGGCCUGGUAGCAUUUUGGACGUUUGACAAGCUCUACCCGAUCGACGAGAGUGGUUACGGCAACCAUAUCGUCGACCACGUCACUGCGGGUCCGCCGUCAACAGGACACGGAAGCAGCGCGGUUUUCGAUGAAGACACAAGCUGCCGUGUAGUUGGUAGCCCUACAAUCGCCGUUUCGGAGUUCACGCUAAACCUACGGCUGUACCUCCUAGACAGCAAUUCGCUUGGAUUCCGCAACAUCAUAUCACGAACAAGAUACGCGGCUCAAUCGCCCACUGUGCUGCUGUACCCGUUGAGCAACAAACUGUCAGUCAGGGUGUCUACCGAAGACUCGGCAAAUGAGGGCCUCACGUCCAACGCUGCUAUACCGUUAAGGCGCUGGACGCAGUUGACGGUCGUUGCGAAGGGCAAGACGCUUAAGCUGUACGUAAACGGCAUGCUCGACUCUGCAAUCGCACUGCGUGGAGAACUGGUGCCAGGUUCAGGUGACCUGUAUUUAGGUCGGAAAUUCGACACACCAGGAUUCAGCGGAUACUUGGACGAUGUGAAGCUGUACAACUACGCUCUGGGACCAGGGCUGGUGGCCGCAUUCGCCAACCCAAGCCUCACCGGUUUCGGUGCGCCGUUCCGGGUACAGCUCGCAUCCACUAGAUGCACAUUACAGGAGGCAAAUGCAAAUGGAUUUUGCGCGCCCGGUUGCCGUCUGUGCACCCUGGACCAACUUUAUCGCAGUGCUGCGCACGUUGCGCGCAUAAACGGCUGGCUGCACGACAGCAACCAAAUAUGGCACAAGGGCAUCCCUCACGCACCACCAAAUGAUACACGGGCAGCGAUAUGCUGCUGCUAA